UCUCUGGUUGUCUUCGUCGACAACAAUGUCUCUGCUUGCCAAGCUCUCGGUUCGCAACGGGCUCCUGGGCGUGGGGCAGAACAAGGUUCGCAUGUUGUCGACAUUGACCCCUUAUCUCCUUCUGGACAGGAAUGUGGUGGGAAAGGCUUCGUCCGGCGGAAAGGCCAUCAAUUGCAACCUGUACGAUCCGAGGAAGGGAGAGACGGUCAAGAGCCCAGCCUUGGAAUUGUCAAAGGAGCUGCAGAUGAUAGGAUCGUCGAGGGGAUGGGUGGCUCUAAUGAACGAGAGUGAUUCCACCGUGCGUCUCACCGACAUGUUACCAGGCUCGUUUGCCAAGGUCGUAUCCAUGCCUCCCCUUAUCCAACCAGAAGAGAGAAGAGACCAUAUCAUCAACGUAUAUGUCUCGUCUCCUCCGGGGAAGGACGAGGACUGUGUGGUUGCGGCCAAGUUCCUUGGAGACUCGGAAUGGACCCACAUCAAAGCCCCUAUGGAAUUGAAAAUGUCAUCUGUCAUGUAUUCGGACAGAGACCGGGUGUUUUACCUGAACACUCUCCUGAGUGGUGGGUCGGGUGUGGCCGAAUCCGGCUCCCCGCUGGUGAAAUACCACCAGAGACUGCUCAGUCACGGCUCGCCCGGCGUGCCCAAGUCCGAUAUCAACAAAUUCAUCCUGCACAUGGUGGAAUCACCUUGCGGCGAGUCCUUCAUCAUUUGGUGGUUCUUGGGUGACAAAUCAGAAGGUUACAAGACCAAGCGGUUGAUGGUGUUCAGGUCAGACAAGGAUCAAGGGAAGGGGUGUUACACGGAAGACAUAGGGGACCUCUGUAUUUUCCUGGGACCUAGGACCGAUCACUUCUGUGUACGGGCGAGAAUGUACCCCGGCCUUGUCCCCAAUUCCAUCUACUUUGUAGGCUUUCACCACCCGGGCAUCUACGACUUGGCCUCCCGCUCCAUCUGCCUCCACGACCACAUCACCUCUCAUCCUCGCCUCGCAUUCUGGCUUGCCCCCCUCCAGUCAUCUGUCUAACUCUAGAUCCUCUCGUGUUGUGCUAUUUUACCUUAAUCUAUCCUCUUCGGUUCUGUCCUCCCAAGUGCAAACUGGCUUAAAGUCAUGGCUUUUUACUUUUAUUUUU